CUUUCACGAAUCAAUGCAGAAUGACAACAGGACAGAUGUUAAAGUGCAAAGUUUGUGAAAAACACAUUGCCUGCUGAUUCAACGGCACAAGACUGCCAUUCCACACUGGUGCCUGCAGGAAUAAACCUCUCCAACAUGCGGCUCUUGCUCCUCACGCUGUGCGUUUUCCUCGUCCCGUUGCCUACGUUUUGCGGCAUUAAGCCAUUGACCGGGCAUUUUGAGCCAGAGCCCAUGGAUAUACUGCUAGAACCGCGGUCCAAUGCGGACGCUGAAGGCCCCCACACCGAGAGCAUCCAGCUACAACUGCACGAGGACAACACGUUGACUCAAGACCUCCCAGACAUGGAGGACGAUGACUACCUGGACUUUAACUCCUUGUUUGCCGAAGACGACGAUGACUACAUCGACGAGAUUGACGAGAUCGAGGAGCCGUGGUCGGACGCACAACUUGAGCCUCUGGACCCGGUGGCCAGGAGAGCCAAAUUGCUGAAGCUGUUCCACGGCAGAACCAGGAUCCAGCGCUUGAACAUGGUCAACGCCAACUUUGCCUUCGGUCUGUACCGGAGCAUACGGAACCAAGUGGGCCCGCUGGAGAACAUACUGUUGGCUCCCGUCGGCAUCUCCACCACGCUGGGCAUGGUCUCUCUCGGCACCAGGCGGGAGACCCACCGCCAGCUGUUCCACGCCCUGGGCUUUGCCGACUUUGUCAACGCCAGCGUCAAGUACGACACCCUGACGGUCCACAACCUCUUCCGCCGGCUGACCCACCGCCUCUUCCGCCACAACUUUGGCUACAUCCUGCGGGGGGUGAACGGCCUGUUCGUGCGGCAGGGAUCCCAGAUCCUCGGCAACUUCAGCCACAGCAUGAAGACCUACUACUUUGCCGAGGUCCAGUCGGUCAACUUCUCCAACCCCGCCCUGGUCGGCAAAAUCAACCAACGCAUCCAGAAGCUGACCCAAGGACUGAUCAAAGAGGCCGUCGACACCCUAGACCCACAAACGCUCAUCAUGAUUCUCAACUGCUUGUACUUGAAAGGUAAUUGGGCGACCAAGUUCCUUAACGAGAGGACGUACAAGGGGGCUUUCUGGCUGAAUGAAAAGGAUUCGGUGAGGGUGCCGAUGAUGCAGACGAGGGGAAACUUCCCGGAGGUUUCCGACCACAAGCUUGAGUGUGACGUUCUCCAGCUGCCUUAUGUGGGGAAUGUCAGCAUGCUGAUCGUGCUGCCCCACAAGUUCUCUGCCAUGAAGACCAUUGAAAAGCAGCUGACAUCAGAGGUGGUGAUCAGCUGGUUAAAGAGCAUGAACAACAGAACGAUAAAAGUGGUGCUCCCCAGAUUCAACCUGGUCAAACAGUAUGACCUGGUCCCGUACUUCAAGACUCUGGGCCUGUCGUUGCCUUUCGAACAAACAGCCAACUUCACCGGAAUAUCAACUCAAGACAAUCUGGUCAUUAACAUGUUCCAACACCAGGGAUCAAUCACGGUCAACGAGGAAGGAACGACCGCAGAAUCUGUGACGACAGUCGGCUUCAUGCCCCUCUCCUCGCAGAAUGAGUUCGCAGCAAGGAGACCCUUCCUCUUCCUCAUAUACGAGCACCGUACAGAAUGCCUGCUCUUCAUGGGCCGAGUGACAAACCCACUGAAAAACUAACCACGC